GAGCGGCGGCGGCGAUGGGGGAGCAGCAGAGCUCGUUGAGCGCCCCGCGGGCGGCCGCCGCCGCGCUGCCGAGCCUAGCCAGGGGCCCGUGGGAGCCCGGGCCGGACGAACCACCUCCGCCACGGGAGGCGGCCCCGGGCGGCGGAGUGACCGAGCUAGGGCGAAGCUGGGAGCCGCCGCCUGCCCCCAACCCCGAGCGGCGAGGGGCCGGAGAGGAGGAGGAAGAAGCGGAGGCGGCGACCGGGCCGGAGCAGCCGCCGCCGGCUGCCGGGGAGUCAGCGGCCCUAGAGGAGGAGGGGCCGGGGCCGGAGGGGGUCAGUGGCCGCCGCCGCCCCCCUCGGCGGCACGUGUACUGCACCGUCUACUGCGUGGAGAACGACCGGCCGGCGGCGGCCCCCGGUUCCCCCCGAGGCGGCUCGGGCGGCGGCGGCCCAGGCGCGGGGCAGCCCCCGACGCGGCGCGGGGUAGCGCCGGGCGACGACCCGCUGUCUGCCGGCAACAUCGAGGUGGUGGACUUAUACCUGCUGCCCGAGCCUUUCUCCGGGCUGAUCGCGGGGGAGUUCGGGCCAUUGCUGGUGCUGAGCUGCCGCGUGUGCCUGGAGGAGAAGCCCAUCAAGCCCCUGACCUGCUGCAAGAAGGCGGUGUGCGAGGAGUGCCUGAAGCGGUACCUCAGCUCUCAGGUGCAACUGGGACAAGCAGAUAUAAAAUGCCCAAUCACAGAAUGCAGCGAACACCUGGAUGAAACAACUGUCCUCUAUAACCUGCCCCAUGAUGACAUCAUCAAGUAUAAAUAUUUCCUGGAACUCAGCCGCAUUGACUCCAGCACCAAGCCAUGCCCGCAGUGCAAGCACUUUACAACUUUCCGGAGGAGAGGCCACAUUCCUACCCCUGCCAAAUUGGAGAACAAAUACAAAAUCCAGUGUCCAUCUUGCCAAUUUGUCUGGUGUUUCAAGUGCCACUCUCCCUGGCAUGAAGGCGUUAACUGCAAAGAAUACAAGAAGGGAGACAAGCUGUUGCGUCACUGGGCCAACGAAAUCGAACACGGGCAGAGGAAUGCCCAGAAGUGUCCAAAAUGCAAGAUCCACAUCCAGAGAACAGAAGGAUGUGACCACAUGACCUGUUCACAGUGUAACACUAAUUUCUGUUACCGUUGUGGGGAGAGAUACCGCCAGCUCCGCUUCUUUGGAGAUCACACAUCAAACCUCAGUAUCUUUGGAUGCAAAUACCGCUACCUCCCCGAGAGACCACAUUUAAGGAGAUUAGUGCGAGGCUCUGUCUGUGCUGGGAAACUACUCAUUACACCUGUAAUACUGGUUCUGGGACUGGCACUGGGAGCCGUAGCUGUUGUAAUAGGUUUAUUUGUGUUCCCUGUCUAUUGCCUUUGUAAAAAGCAGAGGAAAAGGUCACGGACAGGUAUGCCCUGGUAAGGAUGGACCUUACUCACCUGAACUGAGCUGAUCUUUCAAGGGCAACAGAGCAAUACAAUGCUGAUAACAGCAUCAAAGCCACCGCCCUGGAAGAAGAAUGGGGGUUCUCCUGCCAUCUUCCCUCAGCCGAAAACACUACUGCAGACGAGAAAAGCCUCUUUGCUCUGGUGCACUCUGAACAAGAUGGACCCCCUGACUGCUGCUUUUUAAAUGUUUUGGGGUCUGUUUUUUUAACUUUUACUUUGGAGGUUUUUUCCCAGUCUAAGUUUCUGAAGUAGACAAUCAAAGUCUGUAUUGUAGCCACAACUCUACUACCGAUUUGAGCUGUGAAGAAAGCAUUUAACUGCUAACAUGUGCUCCGUUAAAAACUUCAGUGUCGGCCUUUAAGUGGGAAAUGCUUAGAAGUGUUUGGACUCUUACUGUAUCCUGAGCAUACUACUUUUGGUAUUAAAAAGUACUUCUGUAAAUAACUUCCAUCACACAGCGUUCUGUUCAGCAUACCAAAACCUCGUCACAUGCCAGAGCACGACAGCUGGUUAUCUUCUGAGACCUCCUGCUAGUGGGCAAGUGUAGAUUG